AUGAACACCAUCAAGAAGGACGGAGUCGCCAUCAUUGGCGCAGGCCUUGGCGUGGGUCCCCUCUCACAUGGCACUAUCGAGUGUGCUACUGGUACUGCUCUCGCAUUGGCCCUCCACCAAAAGUCGAUCCCGUGUCGGGUCUACGAAGGAAGAAGCGCAGAUGCGGAUAUUCUCACCAGUGGUGUGGUUUUGACACCUAACGGAUGCCGCAUCCUCGACGACCUCGGCGUCUUGAGCCGAAUCAAGCCGAAAAGCUUCCUUUUCGAAGACAGUAUCACCAAAAACAGCGAAGAUAAGACUGUGGAUACAAUGAAGCUAGCGUCCAAGGAAGUGUACGGAUAUCCUGCCUAUCGUUUGUACCGUCUCGCCCUUCUGCAAGAGAUGAAGCAAAUGCUGGCCGAGCGUGAAGUCCCGAUAUACUUUGAUGCCAAGUUCGAGAAGAUCAUUAGCGAUUCUCCGGAAGGCGUCACCUUUCUGGCCGGCGGCAAGACGGAGAAAGCCGCCGCCGUCGUCGGAUCGGAUGGUAUUCACUCCACGCUGAGACGCUAUCUAACAGACCUCGUUCCUGUUUACACGGGUGUCUUUUGUGUGUACGGGCACAUCCCCACCAACUCUGUUGAAUGGCCCGACAAGGAGUUUUCCGCCUCUAGCUGCACAAUUCAAGGCAAGCCGGGCGGUCUUUUCAUGGUUCCUGAAGAAUCGGACGGCAGAACGCUCAUGGUAGGAACGCAAUUCCCGCAUCCCGAACAAGGCCGUGAGGGUUGGCAAGAUCUGGCAGCAAGCCCUGAGACCUUGGCUUCCCUGAUGCGAAAGGACUAUGAUCAAUGGCACGACACAGCAAGGCAAAUCAUUGAUCAGCUGUGCAAACGUCCAGAGGGCCUGUUGAGCUGGCCAUUCUACACGAUGCCCAGGCUGCCUAGUUGGUCUUCACAGUCGGGAAAUGUCAUCAUCGUCGGGGAUGCUGCUCAUGCAAUGCCGGCAUCGUCGGGACAAGGUGUGAAUCAGGCUUUGGAAGACGUCUACUCCCUGGCAAAGGUCCUAUCUGGAAGCUGGACCGUGGAAGAACGGCCCCGCGCGCUUGGUGCUUGGCAAUCCUGGCGACAGGCCAAGAUUGACAAGGUGCUCCAAAUGACGCGAGCAACGAAUUUGAAGAGAUCUCCCGAAGCCGAGAGGCAGAAGUCGACGAUCGCAGUGGAUGUGGAAAAGCCCGCCGUGGAUCGUAUGCGGUGGCUAUUUGAGUUGGGCUUGGACGAUUUAGAAGCAAAGCUUGCAGAUGUUGACAGACAUGACGCUUGA